UAACACUUCCAAACAGUCCAAAAGAUGUUUUCUUCUGUGUGGAUGACUGCCCCUACUUGACCAAGGUGGCACCUGCUGCUUCAUCCUUUUAACUCAUCUUUCUAAUAUCCUCUUUUAUAUAGCAACAACCACACCCUGCAAGGGGAAAAUAUACAACAGGGGCUAUUUGUGUGACAUUAGAACGACUUUUAUCUGCUUUAAAUGUGAUAUUCUGUUUAAUUUAUAGACUUGAUUAUGUUGUGUAUGUAUUUAUUGUCCUCCUUCAUUUUAAUAUAUCAUAUAUUCUCUUUUAUAUGUAGUAUGUGUAUCUAUUUUAUACUGGAUAUUCAGUGUAAUACAUGUACUAUCUGUGUACAGACUUGUGAUUGUGGUUUGAUUUGCUCUUCACCUCAUCUUCUGUAUAUCCUCUGAUAGUAACAAGGACACCCUGCAUACGCAAUACAGGCUACUCUAUAUAGACUGUGACCUACUUUGUAUUUAGUAGUUGCUGGAAUUCCUGAAUUCCUUUUUUGAGUCCUGCCAAUGACGAUGCAUGGCUGGUAACUGGCUUCCACAUUAAAGCCUUUCUUUGCGUUUUCCUCUCUGCGUUUUUGAUGCAUACAAGUCACUGGAGCAGAAAAUCAGUUUUUCUUCAUUUAGGACACUUCUUCUGGAGAAUUUUGCAAAGUCAGAAAACGGGGAUAUAGGAAAGAGGACGGGCGCCCAUCACUAGCCGCGGAGGGGCGCGCACCGCUGGAGGCAGUCGAGCUGCAGAACGGAGCUUGUUCGGAGGAACUCUGACUGAUGUUAGCGGCGGAGAGGAGACAGGGACGAGAGCUGGGUGGGCAUGACAUGUGAGCCAAGUCUGCACAGAUACAACAAACACCCAAAGUAGGCUAUGUCUGCGGCAGGGGCGGAUCGACUUCACACAGGUGAAUGAGAGCAAAUGCAGAUUCUCCCCUUUUUGAUUUUCUUUUUCUUUCUGUCCACGGUGAGAGGAGACCGAGACGGCAGCUGUAGCUCCCCGUGCCUGCUUCACUCUGCCUCAGUCUGGCAGGCGUCAAGGUGCAGCAAGCAGGAGAGGGGCGGAGGAAGAGCCGCUGUUUAAUUAACUAUCCGAGUAAACGUUUCUGCGCAGAGCAACCCGACGGCUUUACGGAGUGACCGCAGACAGAGAGACAAACAGACACACGGGAGAGGACACUAUGUCAAAGGAGACGAGAGGAAAAGGAUCAUCACGAAAGCACAGCGCCACUCAUUGGUGUCUGCAGAAUAUCGCACAAGAAUCAGUUGAGAGCUCAGAUGAGGAGUUCUUUGAUGCCAGAGAUGUUAUGGAGGGGAAGAGUGCCAUUCUUCUGGGCAUGAGUCAGUGGAACUCAAAUGAUCUGGUGGAACAGAUUGAAACUCUGGGACACAUGGAGGACCAGUCUCAUGAGGGUCUCUACCAGCUGGGUGGUCCACGAUGUGCCCCUCAGAGCAGCAUCGAAGGACUCGAGGACAAUGAGAGGAAAUGUAAGACGCAUGUGCUGCUGCUGGUGGUGCACGGGGGAAACAUCUUGGACACAGCAGGCGGAGACCCCAGCACAAAGGCUGGCGAUGUGGCCACCCUUGCCUCAGUGUUGGAGAAGGUGACGCGGGUGCAUUUCAAGGCUGUCGCAGAACACGUGAGGAUCAAGCUGGUGCCAUGUCCAGCUGUGUGCGCUGAAGCCUUCUCUCUGGUGUCCAAUCUGAACCCAUACAGCUAUGAUGAGAGCUGCGUGUCCAGUAGCGUGGACCACCUGCCCCUGGCUGCUCUCCCUCUCCUCGCAAUUGUCUCGCCACGCUACCAGGACGCCGUGGCGACCGUGAUCGCCCGAGCCAACCAGGUCUACCACAGCUUCCUGCAGUCGGAGGACGGGCAGGGAUUCACGGGUCAGGUAUGCCUGAUGGGCGACUGUGUGGGAGGUGUACUGUGCUUUGACGCUUUGUGCUUCAGCAACCACCAGAGGCCUGGCAGCCCCACCAACAGCAGCAGGAACAACAGCACUGAGAGCCUGAAGGAUAACUCGGGCCUGCUCGGAGAGUCCAGCCCGGGUCUGAGUUCUAGCAAGAGGCUGAGUAAAAGCAACAUUGAUAUCUCCGCCCCCAACGAAGGACACGGCCAGGGCGGGCCCCCGCUCAGCCGUAAGCAAAGUGACUCGUACGAUGGAGACACCUCGUCUACAGGCCAACACAGCUUUUUCUCCAGUUUGAUGAAGGACAGUGUGGAGGCUCGCGGCGGCAGUAGCACCAGUCUGGUGUUGAACCCCGGCCGAUUUGACUUUGAGGUGUCAGACUGCUUCUUGAUGGGCUGUCCACUGGGCCUUGUGCUGGCCAUGAGACGCACUGUGCUGCCUGCCGUCCAGGUGAGCCAGCUCCAUCCAGCCUGCUCUCAGAUUUUCAACCUGUUUUACCCUUCGGACCCUUCAGCCUCCAGACUAGAGCCGCUGCUUCAGCCUCUCUUUCACAAGUUGCCACCAUUUGCUGUUCCCCGCUAUCAGCGCUACCCUCUAGGAGAUGGACGCUCAAUGCUCAUAGCGGAGAGCAUCCAAGGUCAUACAAACGUGUUUCUGGAAGGUGAUCAAACUCCUGGAGGUCCAGCUUCACAGCCAUCCUCUGAGACCAAGACUGAGGGAGGAGGAGUAGAAGAGGGAGGUCGUAGAGCCAGCUUGACUAGUGUGGAAAGUGAAUCGUCGAUUUGCUCCAUGGGCCAGCUGGGAAACACCAUCGCUAACAUUUCCAGUAGCUGGUGGGGCUCCAAGAGGCUGGAUUAUGCUUUGUACUGCCCUGAUGUUCUGACUGCCUUCCCAACAGUGGCUCUGCCUCACCUUUUUCACGCCUCGUACUGGGAGUCCACUGACGUAGCAGCUUUUGUUCUUCGGCAGCUCAUGCGAUGUGACUGUGUGAAGACCCAGGAAGCGGACAAUUUGGACUCAGCUCCGUUCUCUCCCUCCAGCCCACGAGAAAAAUGGCUCAGAAGGAGGACACAUGUCAAACUAAGGAACGUCACUGCCAACCACAGGGUAAAUGAUGUCAUUGCCACCGAGGAUGGACCUCAAACUCUGGUUGGACGCUUCAUGUACGGCCCCUUGGACAUGGUCACUCUGACUGGAGAAAAGGUCGAUGUCCUGCUAAUGACACAACCUCAGUCUGGCCGCUGGGUGCACUUUGACACCGAGGUGACCAACAGUAGCGGCAGAGUCACAUAUACCAUACCCAAGAGCAGGAAGCUCAGCCUGGGAGUCUAUCCAAUUAAAAUGGUGGUCAAGGGGGAUCAAACAAGUGCAGAGGCCUACCUGACUGUGUUGCCACGGGGCAUGGAGUGUGUGGUCUUCAGCAUUGAUGGCUCUUUUGCUGCAAGUGUGUCAAUCAUGGGUAGUGACCCCAAGGUCCGUCCUGGAGCUGUUGAUGUCGUCAGGCAUUGGCAGGACCUGGGAUAUCUGAUUAUCUACAUCACAGGCCGCCCGGAUAUGCAGAAGCAGCGUGUGGUAUCCUGGCUCUCGCAGCAUAAUUUUCCCCAUGGGAUGAUCUUCUUUUCCGAAGGCCUGGUUCAUGAUCCCCUGCGACAAAAGACCAUCUUCCUCAGGAACCUCAUACAUGAGUGUCACAUUAAGAUCAACUCUGCUUAUGGCUCCAUGAAGGACAUCUCUGUUUACAACAUGCUUGGCCUCAGCCCCUCACAGAUUUAUAUUGUUGGCAGACCUUCAAAGAAGUACCAAAAUCAGUGCCAGUUCCUGAGCGAGGGCUAUGCAGCGCACCUCUCAACCCUUCAAUUUGGACACAGAGCCAGACCCAAGAAAUCCCCUUCGGUUCGUAUGGUCCUAAGGAAAGGCUCAUUUGGUCUGUCAGCGAAGCCCGAUUUCCUGUGUAAGCGCACCCACCUGCGCAGGACCAUGUCAGUACAACAGCCCGACCCACCCUGUACACCCAACCCCAAGCCUGAGAGAGCCCAGAGCCAGCCAGAGUCAGAUAAGGACCACGGGGAGGAGGAGGAGGAGGAGGAGGAGGAGGAGGAGGUGGACAAGGUGCAUGGGGACGGGCCUCCAUGCAUCGUGGAGACACUACUCCCUGACGUCAAAAGAGAGAUGAAAGGAUUGCAGGUGGAUAGAAGAGGAGAACAAAGGGGUCUAAGUGUCCAGGGCCAAGGAAUCCUCUGGAGAUCAGCCCUGGAAAGUCAGUCCCAGAACUCAACCCACUCUGCUCACGCCUCCCGUAAGACAAUGUGUGGACCUCCACUCUCCAGGCUUGUCAGCUGGCCACCCUCUGGAUCUCCCCCCACCUCUGGACCCCCACUCUUGCCUGCCAGCACCCCCUUUGCACAAUUUACCCACUUAACUAUCACUUGUCCGAUCUGCUUCUGGGUUCCCCUCUGAGUCCUGACAUAAUAAUAAUCUUCCUUUAUAACUACAUUUAAUGUAGCAUUUUCACAUCUAGUUUAUGCCUGUACCAGCACUCAUUAAUAACAUCCAAAGCUAUGAGAAACAAUUUCUCAAGCACCAGCUGGCUCUAAAACAUGCCGUCUACGAUAACGUUACAGUGACCUACUGUUGAAUGCAUCUAAUACUACAUGACUGUCUACAACGAGGACUUGCAACUUUGAGAUUUCAUUUAACUAACGUUGUAACUAUAACCAGAGUUGUUAUAGCUCUGACUACAGCCUUUAACAUCAACACAACACAAAAAGGAGUUACAGGAAGCCGUGUUAGAUUCUUGUUCAGCUCAUG